AUGAAGGCUGGGAGACCAACCUCUCUCACGAGGGAAACUGCAACAACAGAGCCAGGUUCCACCUCAGUAUCUAGGCCACACUGGGAACCUGAGCUACACCAGAGACCUACAGUCCAGCCAGAGCCUGGGCCAGAAAAGAUACUCACAGCCCAGCUAGGAUCCAAGACUCUGCAGGAAUUCAGUUCCCAACAGAAACAGGGACUCCAGCAUGAGCCCACUGCCCAACACAAAGCUGAAUUCCAGCAGGAACCUAGAGCGCAAUACAAAUUUGCUUUGCUCCAGAAAUUUCUUGCCCCAUUAGCCUCCCCUGCACCACAGCAAUCAUCCUCCAACCAUAGCAUGCACAUGGAUCAACCGGAAGCUACCUCCCAUCAGGGACCUGGGCCAGUGACUACAACUCCACCAGUACCACAGUUGAAAGAGGGACUUGAAGCACUGCCAACAUCUAGACCAGUAGAACCAUCUCUAGCUCAACAAGAAGCUGAGUCAACAUCCACAGCCCAGGUCACACCUGAAUCCAAAGUGAGACCCCCUACCCAGACUGAAUCUACAUCCCAAGAAACACCUGAACAGUCAGCGCCUACAGCCCAGCCAACACCUCCAGUCCAAGGAACCCAAUCCAAGAAUAGAUCUUUGAACGAGUGGGAAUUUUUAACAAGAUUGCAUGAACUAUCCAUACAGCGAACAGCCCAAGAGUGGAAGACGUUUUUUGACUGGGUCACAGAUUCUGAUACAGAAGAUUUGAAUUCAUCUUCAGAGUCAGAUUCUUCAGCCCAAAAGAGUGGGACAGUGACCCCAGGAGCCUUCAAAAAGAAACCUGAUUAUCAAACCGUGUCAGGAUAUGGUGGAACAUCGCCUUAUGGGAAGGAAAACAGCAUCCAGAGUCACAAACACUACCAAGGCACAGCUUCAGCAUUCUCACAUGGUAUGGAUCUACGCACAAUGACACAGUCACUGGUGACUCUAGCAGAAGACAACAUGGCCUUUUUCUCAAGCCAGGGUCCUGGAGAGACAGCACGACGGUUGUCCAGCAUCUUUGCAGGUGUGCGGGAGCAGGCGCUGGGCCUGGAGCCAAUCCUGGGCCGCCUGCUGGGUGUAGCGCACCAUUUCGACCUAGACACUGAGACACCGGCCAAUGGAUACCGUAGCCUGGUGCACACAGCCCGCUGCUGCCUGGCACACCUGCUACACAAAUCUCGGUAUGUGGCCUCCAACCGUCGCAGCAUCUUCUUCCGUGCCAGCCACAACCUGGCAGAACUGGAGGCCUACCUGGCUGCCCUCACCCAACUCCGUGCUCUGGCCUACUACGCCCAGCGCCUGCUGACCACCAACCGACCAGGGGUGCUCUUCUUCGAAGGAGAUGAGAGAAUCACCGCCGACUUCCUGAGAGAGUAUGUCACGCUACAUAAAGGUUGCUUCUACGGCCGCUGCCUGGGCUUCCAGUUCACGCCUGCCAUCCGGCCGUUCCUGCAGACUCUCUCCAUCGGGCUGGUGUCCUUCGGGGAACACUACAAACGCAACGAGACAGGCCUCAGUGUGACCGCCAGCUCCCUCUUCACUAGCGGCCGAUUUGCUAUAGACCCAGAGCUGCGCGGGGCAGAGUUUGAGCGAAUCAUCCAGAACCUGGAUGUGCAUUUCUGGAAAGCCUUCUGGAAUAUCACUGAGAUCGAGGUGCUGUCGUCUCUGGCCAACAUGGCAUCCACCACUGUGAGGAUAAGCCGCCUGCUCAGCCUGCCACCUGAGGCCUUUGAGAUGCCGCUGACCUCUGAUCCCAAGCUCACAGUCACCAUCUCACCUCCAUUGGCCCACACUGGACCAGGACCUGUGCUAGUCAGACUCAUCUCCUACGACCUGCGGGAAGGACAGGACAGUAAGAUGCUCAACAACCUGGUAAAGUCUGAGGGCCCACGCCUAGAGUUGCGCCCACGGCCCCAGCAAGUACCCCGUUCACGAUCCCUGGUAAUCCACAUCCAUGGCGGUGGCUUUGUGGCACAGACCUCCAAAUCCCACGAGCCCUACCUCAAGAGCUGGGCCCAGGAGCUGGGUGCACCCAUCAUCUCCAUCGACUACUCCCUGGCUCCCGAGGCCCCCUUUCCACGAGCGCUAGAGGAGUGUUUUUUCGCCUACUGCUGGGCUGUCAAGCACUGUGCCCUGCUUGGUUCAACAGGGGAGCAGAUAUGCCUUGCAGGGGACAGUGCGGGUGGGAACCUCUGCAUCACUGUGUCCCUUCGGGCAGCAGCCUAUGGGGUAAGGGUGCCAGAUGGCAUCAUGGCAGCCUACCCGGUCACCACACUGCAGCCCGCUGCCUCUCCUUCUCGUCUUCUGAGCCUCAUAGACCCACUGCUGCCACUCAGCGUGCUCUCUAAGUGUGUCAGCGCCUAUUCAGGUACAGAGACAGAGGACCACUCUGACUCAGACCAGAAGGCACUAGGCAUGAUGGGGUUGGUGCGGAGAGACACAUCCCUGCUCCUCAGAGACCUCCGCCUGGGCGCCUCCUCAUGGCUUAACUCCUUUCUGGAGCUAAGUGGACGCAAGUCCCAAAAGACCCCGGUGCCCACAGCAGAGCCUAUGCGAAGGAGUGUGUCGGAGGCAGCCCUGGCCCAGCCCGAGGGCCCGCUGGGCACAGAUUCCCUCAAGAACCUGACAGUAAAGGACCUGAGCGAAAAUAGCAGCUCGGAGACGUCAGACAGCACCGAGCUGUCGCACUCGGCGGAGACACUCGGCCCCACCACACCGUCCGACGUCAACUUUUUUCUACGGCCUGAGGAUUCCCAGGAAGAGGCUGAAGCUAGCGAUGAGAUGAGCACCAUGGACAGAAGCCCUAGCGUGCACAAGGCCUUCCCCGAGGGUUUCCACCCCCGGCGCUCCAGCCAGGGCAUCCUCCGCAUGCCCCUCUAUUCGUCACCCAUCGUCAAGAACCCCUUCAUGUCGCCUCUGCUGGCACCUGACAGCAUGCUGAAGACUCUGCCACCUGUGCACAUCGUGGCCUGCGCUCUGGACCCCAUGCUGGACGACUCCGUCAUGCUCGCGCGCCGACUGCGAGACCUGGACCAGCCGGUGACGCUGAACGUGGUGGAGGACCUGCCGCACGGCUUCCUGAGCCUGGCGGCGCUGUGCCGGGAGACCCGGCAGGCUGCGGAGCUGUGUGUGGAGCGCAUCCGCCUGGUCCUCACUCCGCCCGCCGCACCCACGCCCGCACCCACUGCGCCGCCGAAGUGAGCCCGAGCGGGACCGCGCCGGGAGACAGGGAUGGGGGGGGGGGACACUAAAGACCUCUUGCUCCCACCUGCGCCAGCCUCGUGAUGAGUGUGUUCCGGGACGGGCCGUGGGGCCCCGCGAGGGGCUCUGCGCCCGUCGGCUCCCUCCGUGGGGCUGGACGGGAGGGGGCGGGCUGUGCCUUAACUCGGGACAUAAAGGGUCGGGGGCAGGGGCCGAAGCUGAGUCUGGGGGAGGGGGACGCACACACACCGGUCACCGAGACAGCUGGACCUGCACUCCACCACUGCCUUCUACUGCUGCUGCGACCUACCACUGCUGGUGGGUUUUAUCUUUUGUAAAUAAAAGUAUAUUUAAUUAA